AUGGGCCGAUCCGCCAUUGUCCAAGAAUAUGGCCCUCCACCCCUCGCCAACACAACCAUCACAUUUGACCGCAAGACCGCUGAUGAGGUGGCUCACGACAUCAUUAAAAGGCCGAAGGGGUACAGAGUGUCAUGGCACUCAAAUGCAACUGUUGAACCACACCAUUUUGGCCAGUCGCACCCUAUGAAGCCAUGGCGCCUGACGCUCACAAAGCAGCUUGUCAUGGCCUAUGGGAUGCACCACGCCAUGGAUCUUUACGUCGCCAGAGCAGCAACUUACGAUGAAAUGGCCGAAUUCCACAGCACAGAUUACCUCGACUUUCUGAGCCAGGUUAUUCCCGCUGAUAUGGACAGCGCAGCGCAACAGGAUCGGCUAGCCGGGUUCAACUUUGGCGAUGACUGUCCCAUUUUUGACGGCCUUUAUGACUACUGUGCUCUUUAUUCCGGUGGAACCGUCGAUGCUGCUCGAAAACUUUGCAAUAAUCAGUCAGAGAUUGCCAUUAACUGGUCCGGUGGAUUGCAUCAUGCCAAAAAGACAGAGGCAAGCGGGUUCUGCUACAUUAAUGAUAUUGUACUCGGAAUCCUUCAGCUACUAAGACACCAUCCCAGAGUGAUGUAUAUUGACAUCGAUGUCCACCAUGGAGACGGAGUUGAGCAGGCUUUUUGGUCAACAGACCGAGUUCUUACCGUUUCGUUCCACAAAUAUGACAAGGAUAACUUCUUUCCGGGAACUGGUCCGCUUGAUAGCACUGGGCCAACACAUCCACUCAAUCCUGGUGCUCACCAUUCUUUAAAUGUCCCCUUAAACGACGGAAUCGAAGAUAAUGAUUAUGUCAACCUUUUUAAAGCCAUUAUCGGCCCAUGCAUUACCACCUACCAACCUACUGCGAUAGUCCUACAGUGCGGUGCCGAUAGCUUGGGAUGUGACAGACUUGGUUGUUUUAACCUCAAUAUUCGUGCUCAUGGCGCAUGCGUUGCCUUUACAAAAUCGUUCGGCCUACCCACCCUCGUUCUUGGCGGUGGAGGAUAUACUCCUCGCAAUGUCUCUCGGCUGUGGGCUUACGAGACAGCUAUAUGUGUUGGAGCUGAGGAUCAGCUUGAUCCCAAACUUCCCGAAACACUACCCUUUCGCAGCCAUUUCCAGCCUGACUGCUCACUCUUCCCGCCGUUAUCAGAUCUACGGAAAGUUGAGAAUAAGAAUACCAAGCAGUACCUAGAUUCUCUUGUUGAAGGGAUAUUGGAGCAGCUGCGAUACAUUAACGGUGCACCUAGCGUUCAGAUGAGUGUGAUUCCACCGGAUAUAUUAGGCAUUCGCGAGGAAAUCGAGAAGGAAAUUGAAGAAGAAAACCAGUUGAACGAAGAAGAAAACGAGGACCGAGGAGUAAACGGGACAUCAAGUCGGCGAAAGGAUGCAGAAAGAGGGAUUGCGACUGCUGGUGAACUUUAUACAUGA